UCGAUUUUAGGGUUCUUGGGAGGAGAUGUACCAAUGGAGGAAAUUCCCCUUCUUCGAGGAGAAGGCGCUCGGAUCUGGCGCCGCGGCGGAGCUGGGGGAGAACAUCGUGUGCAGCAGCAGCGGCAGGGGCCAGAUCGUGCUCGGUGGCGACGAUGCCAUGGUCCACGUCCUGGAUCGAGGUUUCAAGCUCAGCUACAGCUUCCAGGCGCAUUCCACGUCUGUGCUCCACGUCCAUCAGCUCAAGCAAAGAAACAUGUUGGUGACUGUGGGAGAGGAUGAGGCUGCUUCAGCACAGGUAUCUUCCAUGUCCCUCAAGCUCUGGGAUUUGAGUAAACAUCAAAGCGAGGGCCCGAGUUCUAGCAGAAUAGAUCCAGUCUGUGACCGAGCUUUGAGAAUCUUCUCAAAUAAAUUUCCCGAGGCAAAAAUCACUUGUUUUCUGGUCUACGAGGAAGCACCUCCCAUCUUGCUCUUAUGUUUUGGCUUGGAAUCGGGCAUCGUGUAUUGCAUCCGUGGUGAUAUUGCUCGAGAGCGAAUCUCACGACUCAAGCUUUUAGUUGAUCCAGCAACGGCCACGAGUAGUGCUUCGCCGAUUACCGGUUUGGGACUUCGACUAGAUGGUCAAGCACUACAGCUUUUCGUAGUAACGGCGGCGACUGUGAAUCUUUACAACAUGCUUCAACACCCUCCUCAAAAGCAAGUCUUGGACGGGCAUGGUUGCGAUGGUCUCUGCGUGGCUAUGAGUGAUCGACAGGAGCUUGUUAUUGGAAGGCAGGAAGCUAUUUAUUUUUAUGAGGUGGACGGUAGAGGUCCCUGUUGGGCUUUUGAAGGCGAAAAGAAGUACGUUGGCUGGUUCCGCGGAUAUUUACUUGCUGUUAUUGCAGACGCCCGUAAGAGCGUGUUCAACAUCUACGACCUUAAGAGCAAGUUGAUCGCUUAUAGCUCAGAAGUGGAGGAUGUUGCGCAAGUAUUUUGCGAAUGGGGCAUCAUCGCAAUUAUCACAAAGGACCACAAGGUUACGUGCUUAACAGAAAAAGACAUGAACAGCAAGCUGGAGCUUCUCUACCGAAAGAAUCUCUACCCGGUUGCUAUAAGCCUUGUCCAGAGACAGCAAGCAGACGCUGCAGCCACUGCUCAAGUUAUGCGAAAGUAUGGGGAUCAUCUGUACAGCAAGCAGGAUUACGACGAAGCUAUGGCGCAGUAUAUCAAAACUAUUGGACAACUCGAGCCUUCUUACGUCAUUCAGAAGUUUUUGGACGCUCAGCUCAUUCAGAACUUGACGCUCUAUUUGGAAAGACUUCACGAGAAGGCACUGGCAUCGGCAGACCACACAACCUUGCUACUCAACUGUUACACGAAGCUCAAGGACGCAACUAAGUUGGACAAGUUCAUCAGGGGGGACGAGCAGACGGGAGGACAGCUUCGGUUUGAUGUUGAAACGGCGGUGAGAGUAUGCAGAGCUGCUGGCUACUACGAGCAAGCACUGUACGUUGCAAAAACCGCGGGGUUGCACGAAUCGUAUCUCAAAAUUCUUCUUGGAGACCUGGGAAAUUAUGUUGAAGCACUGGAGUAUAUAUCAGGACUUUCACCAUCCGAGGCCGAGGUUACGCUAAAACAGUAUGGGAAAAUACUGGUCGAGCACAAGCCUGACGAAACCACGGCUACUCUCUUGACACUAUGCAGUAGUGAUGGCAAUGCUACUCACACAAGCAGCAGCAGUGCUCCGCCACCGUCACCGAUGGAGUUCGUGCACAUUUAUGUUGACCAACCGAGGUGGCUGAUAGUUCUCCUGGAGCAAUACCUUGUGAAGGUAAGCAGCUCCCCGAUAGUGAAAGACAUUCACAACACGCUCCUGGAACUCUACCUGUCCGAUAGUUUGGCUUCUACUUCUCCCGAGGAAGAGAGCUCUAGUUCGUCGCGAAAAGCUCAGGUUAAGAAGACGAGAUCUUUCAAAGACGCGGUGUCUAACACCCGGGAGACUGCCGAAGAGAGAUCCUUGCGCUUGCAGAAGUCACUGGAUCUACUAAAGAAAGGAUGGGGUGCUCACGAAGAGGAGCCGCAAUACGAUGCAGCACUGGCGGUGAUGCUGUGUGAGAGGCAUAAGUUUCGUGACGGGCUUCUCUUCCUUUACGAGAAAAAGAGACUCUUCAAGGAGGUGAUGUCGUGCUACAUGAAAGACAGUGACUACCGCGGCCUCAUCUCCUGCUGUGAGCGGCUUGCGGACACGAGCAGAGGUGGCGAUCCUUCGCUCUGGGCCGAUGUCCUUGCGUACUUCGGGGAGAGAGGGGAAGAUUGCUCCAAGGAAGUCAAGGAGGUGCUGGGAUACAUCGAACAAUACUCGCUCCUGCCCCCACUGGUGGUGCUCCAGACUUUAUCCAAGAACCCGACACUCACUCUCUCGGUGGUGAAGAACUACAUCGCUACACAACUCAAGCAAGAGUCGAGGCAGAUCGAGGACGAUCGGAAAACAAUCCAGAAAUACGACGAGGAUAAUAGGCUGAUGAGGGCCGAGAUCGAGGAGCUGAGAACAAAGCCCCGAGUGUUCCAGCUGAGCAAAUGCACGGCCUGCACCUCGAUCCUCGACUUGCCGGCCGUCCACUUCUUUUGCAUGCACUCCUUCCACCAAAGGUGCCUGGGUGACAACGAAAAGGAGUGCCCGGUCUGCGCUCCUUCGAACCACACGCUGCUAGAGAUGAAGCGGAAUCUGGCACAGAACGCCACGGACCACGACAGGUUCUUCCAGCUCGUCCGGAACUCGGACGAUGGAUUCUCCGUCAUUGCCGACUACUUUGGUCGUGGCAUGCUCAGCACUCAUCGUCCUUAGCUAAGAAAGAAAGCUUCGCUGUUGAUGUCACUCGAGUGUGUAUCGGUCAGUGCUCGAAGUUUCUAAAAAGGCCUCUCAUUUCCACGCCCUGUGGAAGUCAGCAACGCAAGCACACGGCGCAACAUGGCUUGGCGAGUGUGCCCCCACCAGCGGAUGUGUAAAAAUCUUGACUCCUGCGAAAGGAGCAUCGCGCGAGGAUCAUGACGCACGCAUCAUGGAAAUUAAAAAAAAAAGAUGAACUCACAUCGAGGUAAAAAAGGAGAAGGUUGGUUUGACAAUUUUAACUGCAAGGUCAGAGUGUUGCUGGGUGAAAAGAGAAAUUGGGAAAAUUAUUGUACGUUUGCCUUCGAAGUCUUUGUGACGCGGGGGUGACGGGCACGAAAAGAUCACUCAACUCAGCAGCAAGUCGUCAAGAUGACGAUUCAUUUUGGAUCUUUAUUCUUUUCCUUACAAGGUUUUUCGCAAAGCUUUUAUUUUGGUCACUCGAAACAAAGCAGCACGUCCAUUU